CGCAAAGCGGACGGGGAGGGCGGCAGGCGGGAGCGAGCGGGCCGAGGAGCCGUGCUGCGGCCAAGGAGCCUGAGGAGCCCGCGGAGGGGGCGGCGGGAGGAGCGGCAGGUUAACAAGGCUUUAAUAUGGAGCAGGGCUCAAAAGUAUUUCAAGAACAGACUCUCACUAAAGCCUCUUCAUGUGAAGCUGCUGUUCAGGAUGUAGUGCAUCAAACUGUCAUCAUAGUAAACAGCAAGAAAGCAGAAUGGGAAAGGAAGAUGAAAGCUUUCAAAGCACGGAUGGAUAUCCAGCAUCAAGAAUCAGCAAGUGCCCAAAGCAAACUGGAUCAAAAAGGUCAAAAGGUAUUUGAAAUACUUUGUCAGCAACUGGAAAACUUACAGAAAACUAACUGCGAAAUGGCUCAGAAUUACGAAACUCAGCUUUGUGUGCUUAAAUCUCAAUUUUUGAAGCUGACACGUAGUUAUAACAAGCUAUUAAAACAAAAAAAUCAUCAAAGUAGAGAAAUAAGCAAAGAAAGCCUAGAGACAUCAGUUCUUCUGAACAACUUAAAGAAGAAACUGGAGGAAUUUGAAGCAAAAUUGAGAGAAUGGGAUGAGGAAAAGACAAUCUUCCAAAAUCAUCUCAUGUGUUUAGAAGCUCAGCAAAAAUUAUUGUCUGAGAAAUGUGGUUCGUUUCAGAUAAGCAAUAAGGAACAAAACCAGGAAGAGAUUGUUAAAUAUGGCCAACCUGAAAGAGAAAAGGAUGGGUUAAUUGUUGAAAAGCUAACAGCAGCAGUUAAUGAAAUGACAAUAAGCAGGAAUAGAUUAGAAGAGGAAAAUCUGAAACUCUAUGAGGAUCUAAAAAUGUUCCAAAGCUGGUGCCAGUGCUAUCACUCCAUCAUAGAAAGCCUACAGAUUGAUCUGGAACGACCUUCCUUUGGUGCAGCCCUGCAUCGAUCAUCCUUUGUACAACUUACUGAGCAAUCAGAAAAUAAAAAUGCUGAUUUAUUACUACACGCACAGAGUCAACAAAGCCAACGAGAAGUGCUAAGCAAGUAUAUCGUACAAGUAAAGAUGCAAUUGAAAAUUAGUCUAAUUCAGCAGACAUCUGGAGCUUUCCAAAAUGAAGAUGAAAGGCAUGUGAAACAACAGACUGCCAUAUUCGCAGCCAGCGGAUACCAUAGAAACUGUAGUCCUACUGCACAAGGCCAAGGUUCUAUCAGUGGUUCCAAAAGCACUUUAUCUUAUCUUGACAGAGGUCAUGAGAUGGAACUAGAUGAUAAGUCUCCAUCACUAGCAACAGAGCAUCCUUUGUGUUUUGGUGGACUGCUUCCUGAAAAAGGCAGAACGGGCAUUUUAUUGAGCCAUGCUUACGAUGCAGAAGAAAUCAAGUUAUCACUAAGUAACUGUUUCUCUUCUUCUCCUGAGACAUCCUUCCCUGCAACAACACAGAAGUUCCUUCAAGAGGAAGAGAAACCUACCAAAGAGUUGGAAGAAUGUUUGAAUUCACACCUUGAAGAACUGUAAGGACUUUCUGAAAACAUGCUUCAAAAAUACACCGGGCUUCAGCAAAGCAAUUUCACAGAACGAAAUACUGAAUUACAGAUGACCUCAGUUUUGCUGCCGAUGCCUGUUUGGGACGUGGGGCUGCUGAAAGCCUUUGUGAGCUUUUUCACACCGAGUCACCAGGGAAAAGCCAGCGUUUCUUUGCAUGAGACAAUUUCUCUCUGGAAACAUGAAAGCUCCAACUUCCCCAUGAGGCUGCUCCUCAGUGCCAGAGCUGCAGUGCCAGAAGUAGAUUCAGACCCCAAUGUUAGAUAUGAGGACAUUUAGCACUAGUACUUCUCAGCUCCUGAGAGUGAAGAAGGGACUUUUUGCCCUUGAAUUUCCAGUGCAAGUAUAACGGAAAAGAAAAUGUGGUUUUCCUCAAACUAAUCUGGACUGGAGAAAGAAGAGAGACUAAGAAAAGCAACGGACACAGAUAAACAAACCACAUACACAGAGAGAGAAUCAGGCAGCCAGCUCCUGGACACACCAAAUAAAGCCAGGGCAGAAACCCGUGCUCUUGAACAUGGGCUGCCCAAAACCCCACAUUAAAAGACUCAAAAGCUCAUUUUGUGCCUUUGGAGGCAAACAACAUGGACAACACACAUCACCUCCUGCACAUUCAGAACUUCCUUCCUACAAAGGGAAGUAGAUAUCUAGAUGUAUUCCUCCUAUGACGUGGAUCCCUCAGCCAUUGCUUAUCCCUCUGUGUGACAGAGAAUUGAGAUUUUCUGCAGCAAUUAACCAAGCCUUGAAGCCAGAGCUACAACAGCAAUGCCCACUUCUGAGAAAGGAAAAGGAAUAGCACUGCCCUUUCCUACUGUACCCAUAUACGUGCAGUCUCACCUCCCCUGAGGGCAUGCUAAUGAUUCAAACAACUGGAGAGGGCAGCCAACAGGUCAAAAUUGUUCAUAAACAUCUGAACAGAAAUAACACAGUAUUUAUACGUCUCAGAAUAGCCACCUUAGAAUGAAAUACAAAAUAAUUUUGCGUAGGCAAAGAUUGCAGUAACUUGGUGGAGCUCAAGAGCAAAAAGCGUACAGCACUUAAAAACAGGGAAGGUAGCUGCAGUCCAAAUUCCUCCCCUUCAAAUCAAAUGAAAGACAGAAGACAGUCAAAAGCCGAUGGGAAGCAACAACUACCAACAGAAAUCACUUUGAAAAGAUAUAGAACUACUUAGAUGUGGGAAAAACUGAAGAGGAAGGAAGCAAACUAAGCUCACGUCCAGCGUGGCAGUCUGCCUCAGAUGCUACUGCAGUACUUGGCAGGUUUCAGGCCACUCCAUGGACAUGAGCAUCUACAUACACAGAGCAGACUGCAGAUUUGUGUUUCAUGAGAGACGUGCAGCUGGUGUUAGAAUUACUCCUCCUGAUACUCUCUGUUUUAACAGAAAAACAAUUUAGACUUUACAUGCUAUUACAUUAACUAAAGCUACUUUUGAAAUAGAAUUUUGGGAAGUAAACACAAGAACUACGGGUUUGCUUUAAGCCACAGAAAAUUACAGAGAUGAAUACUGCUACAGCAAACACACUGUCUACCAUCUGACAGCACUCCUGGACCAAACCCCGUGCCGUUCAGAGCUGCUUUCACACAACACACACUCCCUCCCUCUUGUCGUGCAUUACUGCUUGUGUGACACUGAGACCUCACAAGGAGAUCAGCUGAAUGGGAGGCCGACAGAACAGAACAAGACAGUGUCAGGUUCAACACUGAAGAGGAUUUUGACUUUUAUUACAGGGUAUCACUUUGUCUCUCAAUGUUAUACGUGGCUGAGAUGAACCUAGCCUGGCACAGCUGCACAAAAAGACACCUCUCCAGAAGGGGCAACAGCACUGUUACCAGAUAAGCCACCAGUUAGACACUGGGCAGAGGUUUU